CGCAGAGAGACUUCGGUAGCAGUUCAGUUCAAUGUGCCCUUAUGUAUCUGUUAACUUGUCGGUAGAUAUUUAAAAAUAAAUAAUUAUGCUGGCAAAAUAGAACACGUACAAUGCCCCCAGUGUAUGACGCUCAUAGUACUACAUUUUUGAGACAGUCAUGACAAAAACCUCGUAGCUGAAUAUUUUGUGUUGUGACGAAUUUGCAAGCUGUGUAGGAACAGAAGAUGUGGGUUUUCGGGUACGGAUCGCUGAUUUGGAAAGUGGAUUUCCCCUUUGAGGAGAAGCGUACUGGCUAUAUCCGGGGUUUCAGUCGCAGAUUUUGGCAAGGGAGUACUGACCAUCGAGGUGUACCGGGGAAGCCCGGUCGAGUGGUGACACUUGUCGAAGACCCCGAGGGCUGUGUGUGGGGCAUCGCCUACAAGCUUCCCAAGGGAAAGGAACAGGAGGUGAAGGAGUACCUGGACUACCGGGAGAAAGGGGGGUACAGGGUGAUCACCGUGACCUUUUACCCCAAGGAGUCACACAUGGAGCCCCAGGACACAUUAUUGUACAUUGGGUCGUGCGACAACCCAGAUUACCUGGGCCCCGCCCCCCUGGAGCUCAUUGCCAGGCAGAUCCUGAAUUCGGUAGGACCCAGUGGCCGGAACACGGAGUACCUGUUUGAGCUCGCCAACGCCAUACGCCACCUUUUACCCGAGGACCCAGACGAGCACCUGUUCUCCCUGGAGCGUCUGGUGAGGGAGCUGCUGCAGGAGGAGGGAGACUGCGUGUGAUCGAGGGGGUGGGGGGGGUGGGGGGGUAUAAACUAUUCCAUCCAUUCUCAGGUAGGAAUAUUCCCGUGACCUGUAGAAAGACCUGGUCUUGCACAAUAGAAGCCUAUUACAAGUACUAGAGAACAAAUCAAUCUGUCAGAACCAAGGUGCAUCUGGGUUGCCUUGACAAUACCCAGAACUGGAAGGAAGACAUAUUUGCAAAUGUGUCAUAUUUGAGGAUGUGAUUGUAAUCAGCAGGACAGGUGUUGUGUAAAUUGAUUUCUGUGACAAGUGCCGAUAAUAAUUUGAGCUGCUACAGUGAUAUGAAAACAUUAUGGACAGUCUGGGGAGGUUUCAGUAACCUAUUAUUUCUCUAUUAGACUUUGCAGGUCAACUGUGGAAUAAAAUAUGAAAUACUAAUGUGUAUUAAAAUAAUUGCAGUUAGAUUCCUGUGAAAUAAUUUCAGCUGUCAGGUGCAAUUUUGGGUAGAUAGACAUUUUGUCAACAAAGUAAUGCACAUUUAACAUUUUUUUUUUUUAACAUUAAAGGGAAUCACAAAUGUCUUUGUUGGUUUCAGGUAAAAAUACAAAAAUUCAUUCAUCACAUGUUUUUAACAUUAUGUUGAAUUGUGAUGAACACGCACAAUACGUUAUGUUCUUAAAUAUAUUCACAUGGUUUAAGCUAGGAAGAGGUAUCUGCUACACCAUGGGUAAGCAACCGUGGUCCGGGAGUGCUAGAGAUGUUAUUGUGUUUUGCACCUUCUGAACCACUUAUCAAUAAUUGGUUUAUUGAUAAGGCUUAAUGAACACAGGUGACCAUGUGCUGGAGUACUUAGCCAUUCAGACUCUGAAUGAUCGAGACUCAGAUGGGAUGGAAACCAGAAAUACCUCUGGAACUCCAGGACCUGUGUUAGCCCAACCCCUGUCUCGGCUAUACUGAACCCCAAUUGAAAAGGAGGUGCAGUGGCUGCCCCUUGCAAAUGGGCCAGAAAAGUUGUGGAUGACAGAGGAAAGUCUGAGAAAAGAAUCCAGCCAUUCCUGUCCACACGGGGCACUGUCUAACAGCUUCAUAAAUUUAGCCUGUGGCUAAUCUGUUAACCGGGCCUGAGGCUUGCUGUUGCUACUGUUGGUAAAUAUGUAGCUAUGGGGAACUAAGUAUGUUUAUUUGUUUAUAUCUUUUAAGAACAUGGGCACUGAGCAAGUUGUAAAUUGAUAUACAGUUCAGUUUUCAGCUUGAACAGAGCUUCUGUGUCUUAACAGGGGUCGCAUGUUCUGUCAGAGUAAUAGUUUGUUAGAUUUUAAAUGAAUAAAUCAGAUGUUAGUCUGAUUUUGUUAAUCAAAAACUUUAUCAGAGUUUAGUACCACUGAAAAUUUUACUGUGUACCUAAAUUUUCAGUUGAAUAAAAUGUUAGGUAAUACACUGCAAAAUUGUUAUAGAAAUGAUAUAUCGACUACCCUUUAAAUUAUUACCCUGUUAAUUAUUUAAAGAAAAAAUCAUACUGAAAAAGUUUGGAUGUUUUCUGACAAUAUGAAAAGGCCGUAUGAAUGUAAUGGUCGUUUUAACACUUUGCCCUUGUAACCAUAAAGAGCAGUUAUAAAUGUGUGGAUCUCUAACUACGUUACACAUCGCCAUUAUAUUGUACGCACAUGAUAAUUAAAAAAAAAUGCAUUGUUAAGAAGGUAUUGGAAUUCAUAAUUUGUAUACAGGUCUAUGAUUUAGAAGUUGUAUUGGUUGUAACCUUGUGUUGUAUCUGAAAAUUCUGGACUUAUGACACUUACUCAUAUUUAGUGUUUAAUUAGAAUCAGUGAUGUAAUGACAUAUAAUGUCACUGGUAAUGCUUUAUUACACAUGUAUAACUGGUACAUUUUAAAUGGUUACAGUAGUCUUCCUCUCAUUGAUAGCGCAUAAAAUAUGAAAUGUUUUCCAGGUGUAGUGUCUGGAAAAGGGCAUUGUGCAUUAUAGGCAAAAUGGUCACUGUUACUACUUCAUGUUGGUAAAAUGUACGUCCCUAUCUUCUUUGCACGCUUUUGCUCAUAUGACCUGCUCACUGCUUGAAGGUUCCAGCCUCUUUAAAAUAUCCUCACUCAGGAAAAAUGUAUUAAUUUACAUUUAUUUUGUUUAUAUGUGCAGGUUUCAUUCAUGUCUUCAUUGUGUGUGUGACUGUUGUGUUGAGCCUCAGCUUUUGUCUAUAGGACUAUGGCUAAUGGUGGGUUUGUUAGAUUAACCUUUAAAUCCAGAGCUAUUUGGGUGUCUUUCCUUCUGUACAGUAAGUGUGUAAAAUCCUAAAUUAAGAGUAUGUCAUAUGCUACUUAAUGUGUCAAAUCGCAAUUCUAAAUAAAAAUUAUAGCAACUAAAAGAA